AUGUCAAUUAGUUGGGAAGCCUACAAUGCUGCUAUCGGAAAGCCAGCCGACUACCGUGGACCUACUCAGCAACCUGCCCAACCACAAGUUGUCCAGCCACAGCAACAACCACAACAGAACAUCUCAUGGGAGGCCUAUAAUCAAGCAAUUGGUCAACCAUCCAACUAUCGUGGUCCAACUCAGCAACCACAGCCACAACCACAGCAACAGCCACAGCAACCACAACCAGGCCAGAACAUCUCAUGGGAGGCUUAUAAUCAGGCCAUAGGUCAACCCGCCAACUAUCGUGGUCCUACUCAACCGCAACAGCAACCAAUGCCUCAGCCUGGCUCAAACAACAUCUCAUGGGAAGCUUACAACGCUGCCAACGGAUUCCCUUCGAACUACCGUGGACCAAACCAGCCACCUGCCCAACAGCAACAGCCAAUGCCUCAGCCAGGCUCGAACAACAUCUCAUGGGAGGCCUACAACCGUGCCAAUGGAUUCCCAGCCAACUACCGCGGACCCAACCAGCCCCCAGCACCAUCAAUGCCUCAGCCUGGCUCAAACAACAUCUCAUGGGAGGCUUACAACGCAGCCAACGGAUUCCCCGCCAACUACCGCGGACCCAACCAGCCACCCGCUCCAUCCAUGCCCCAGCCUGGAUCGAACAACAUCUCGUGGGAAGCAUACAAUGCUGCCAACGGAUUCCCAGCCAACUACCGUGGACCAAACCAGCCACCCGCUCAACCCCAGCCACAGCCCCAGCCACAGCAGCCCAAGGGACCAUUGCCCGCCCCCAACGCACCAUCCAUCUCAUGGGAGGACUACAACCGCGCCAACGGUUUCGCACCAAACUACCGUGGACCAAUGCCAAAUCCAAACGCCCCAGCCAUCUCAUGGGAGGCCUACAACAAGGCCAAUGGCUUUGCACCAAACUACCGUGGACCUGGUGUCACCCCCGCCAACUCUGUCGUUCCCCAGCCCAACGCGCCACCCUUCAUCUGGGACGAGUACAACCGCGCCAACGGACUCCCAAUGACCAACCGUGUCGGUGCCAACAUCUACAAGGCUGCUAACCCGACCAACCCGACCAACCCACCCUUGGUCAUCCCCGGCCAGCCGGUGCCCAACCCCAACCCCACCUACCCAACCAACCUCAACUUUGAGGAGAUCUACAGGACCAAGCUGGAGAAGGAAAAGGCUGCCAUGAAUGCCGAUCCCUCACUCAAGGACCCCGCUCAAUGGAUCGAGAAGACCCUGGCCUUCAUCCCAGGCGUAGGCGCAGGUAUCUCCUUUGCCAGUUGGAUCUUCACUGGUUUCAUUGGACUGUUUGCCAAUGGCCAGCAGCUCUCAGUUGAGGACUAUGUCAAGUCCCAGAUCCAGAACUACCACACUCAGUCGCUCAACGAUCAGAUUGGCCGUUUCAUCCUGUUCAAUACCCAGCUCAACAAGAUGCGUGCCAUCUAUGACGUGCAGCCAACCGAGGCCAAUCUCCAGCAGCUCAGAGACAACAUCACCAACCUGAUCCGCGAGGGAAUUGCCCUGCUCAGCUUGCUCGUGCAGUACAAGCACAACUUCCGCGUGGUGGCAUUCAUCCUCUUUGCCACAAUCGUUGAGACAAUCAACUUCAACGACCAAUGGAAGUUCUCAGCUUUGGUCGUUGGAUCAUGGCGCCAGGAGAUGCACCAAUGGGCCGACCAGCUGAUCAAGCCCCAGAACCCAGGCUAUGAUGACGAUGCCAUUGGACCAACUGAUCAGUUCAUCAUCAAUGCCUUGAUGUACUACCGCAGCGACUACUUCAUGUUUGGCCGCAGGAUCCUCGAGCAGGCGCCAAGGAACACCAUGACCACGCAGUUUCUCACUCGCCAGAAGGGAGUCACCACGUUGACCGCCCGCAACUGCAUGUACAUUCUCAGUCCGGGUCUGUUUGGCGCGCCACAACAGUCUUGGCCAUCGCCCCUCACCGUCCCAAUGGGCAACAUCCCCAGUCACAACUCUGGUGUGGAGAUGGCAUCGUCAGACAGUGGAAUAGACAAGGCUCGCUACCUGGUACAACCAUUCGAGGACAAGACACCAGGAAAGACAUUGACCAAGCUCUUUGUCAACUUGUCUGGCGCACUCUCUGGUGCCCAGAUGACCGUUCGCUUCCUCUCGAUGAGACAUCCAAGGAAUCCAGAGGGCACCAUUGCACUGAAGAAUGCCAACACCGGUCAAGUGUUGGUCAACUCUGGCCUGUCACCAGUUGAGCCAGUCCGAUCACUUCCAGCCGUUGUGAUCCCAGCAGGAAUGACGAGAUUGGAGAUUGACUUUGUACUUGGAGUAGGAAUCGAUUCAACUUUCUGGAUUUGGGAUGUUGAGAUCCUUGUUGGAGCUUAA